AUGAACGUCGAACGCAGCAUGACACCACUUGUGGAACAGAUGACGGUUUUCAGGCCCAACAUUCCCGCGCCAUCCCAAUUGGGGUCAGUCUUGGGACGCAGUUCGUAUAUUGAUGACAUUGCGCAUGGGACAGCCACGUGGGAUCAACUAUGCGAUGCGCUGCUCUAUCGGUUACGGUAUUGGAGUAUCUCAGUUAGCUUGCCCAAGAGCGAAUUCGGGAAGCGUGUCAUACCGUAUCUCUCCCAUGAGAUUGGUGCUGAAGGGAUACGUGCCACCACGAAGAUCAUAAAAGGAAUUCAGGAGCUACCGUUUCCGUCUACCCUGAAAGGAUACCACAAAUUCAUCGAGGACUAUGCUGUGGUAGCCGCUUCACUCUAUGAGCUGACCGACGACCAAGUGCGUGCAGGACGAGACUUGUCUUGGGCGAAGGAAUCUUUCGAGAUCCUGAAGAGGAAGAUCGUGUCUACACCUCUACUCAGGCACCCGGAUCGGACGAAACCUUUUGUGAUCAUCCCGCAUGCGAAUCAGUGGGCCGCUUGUGCAGUUCUAGGACAAAUGCAUAAAGCCUUGUUCAACCGUGACGCUGAACUCAAGUAUCAUAUUGCUGAGAAGGAAGUCCUCGCUGUAAUGCGAGUUUUCCAUGUGUUCAAGAACGUGAUCGAAGGAUGUCCACUGAUAAUCUACACCCGACAUUCAGUGCUGAAGUGGAUCAUCAACUCUAAGACCGUUGAAGGCCGUUUGGUGCCAUGGGGCAUUGCUCUCUCGCAGUACGAUUUGGAGAUUCGGAAG